UUCCUCAAAGAUUUAAAAUUUAGAACCAUUUUGCCGAUUUUUUCCCUGCACCCACCAACGUUUACGUGUUGGGUUGGCUUGUUGUGGGAGAUCACUCUUCGGCUAGUGAGGCGACGUGUGACCAGUAGGGAGAGACAGUGAGUGAAGCUGUUGUAGUGUAUUGGACCAAGGCUUGUCUUUUGUGUUGCGGUGGAGUGGAAGGAAGGGAGAGGAGGAGAGUUACAGCAGCCUCAGUACCAGCCAGUGCUUCUCCCGGAUACGCUCCACGGAGGAGGCUGCUUCAGCCCAAGACCCGACAGCCUUUCAUCUUGAGAAAAAGAGAGAGGGGUCGUGUCUCCCUUAUUUUUAUUUUUGACCAGCGAGUGGGAUUGUGGUUGUAAUUUCAAAGAGGAUUUUACACGAGAAAAAUGUACCCACGACGGGAGGGCAGCGACGGGCUGCUCCUGCUGGCGCUCCUGGCAGUACUGCAGAUCGCAGCAGAAUGCGGUGUCAUCACACCAUGCAGGCCUGGCUUCUCUGAAGAUGUAUACAAGGUCAGCUUGCCAGAUAUCACGGAGAUGGGACAGCCCCUUUUUACUGUGAAAUUUGUCGACUGUGGCCGAGGGGGUCUGGUGCAUUUCGAAUGCAGCAACCCGGAGGACUUCCGGAUAGACGCCGACGGGGUGGUCUACGCUGCCAAGAAUCUGCAGCUCUCUGGAGCCCAAAUGUCAGCGCUGCUGAUCAAGGCCAUUGACGACACUAAGCAGCAAUGGAUAAGCCUUGUCAGAUUCACACCCUCCAACCAGCAGGUCAUAGAAGCCGCUUCUGAUCCAGCCAUGUCCAAGGAUUUGAAGGAAAUAGCAUUUCCUCCACGGAAGUUAGACAGCCAGCUAAAACGCAUGAAGAGAGACUGGGUCAUCCCCCCUAUCAAUGUCCCAGAGAAUUCACGAGGUCCAUUCCCACAAGAGCUUGUCCGGAUCCGUUCGGACCAUGAUAAGAACCGAUCUUUGAGAUACAGCGUGACGGGCCCUGGCGCUGACCAACCUCCUACUGGCAUCUUCCUAAUCGAUGCGAUCUCUGGAGAGCUCUCGGUUAACAAGCCGCUGGAUCGAGAGCAUAUUCCCAACUUUCAUUUGAGAGCUCAUGCAGUCGACCUGAAUGGUAACCAAGUAGAAAACCCUAUUGACAUUGUGAUCAAUGUGAUCGACAUGAACGACAACAGGCCUGAAUUCAACCACCCAAUUUGGAAUGGCACCGUCCCCGAGGGCUCCAAGCCAGGCACAUUUGUCAUGACUGUAACUGCAGUCGACAAAGAUGAUCCCAAAACCGCUAAUGGGAUGAUACGUUACAAGAUCUUGUCUCAGAACCCCGACAGUCCAACCUCCAACAUGUUCACCAUCAAUAAUAGAACUGGAGGCAUCAUUACUGUGGCAGCAGGCUUGGACAGAGAGAAAGUGCCUCAGUACACACUAAUCAUCCAGGCCACUGACACCGAGGGCAACCCAAUGUAUGGCCUCUCCAACACAGCCACCGCUGUCAUCAGAGUCACCGAUGUCAAUGACAACCCACCAGAGUUCACUGCUGAGACGUUUUUCGGAGAGGUGCACGAAAACCGUGUGAACGUGAUUGUGGCCAAUCUGACGGUGACUGACAAGGACCAACCCAACACUCAGGCCUGGAACGCCGUUUACAAAAUCACAGGGGGCGACCCCACCGGAAGGUUCUCCGUGCCUACUGAUCCCACCAAUAAUGAGGGUCUCGUGACGGUUGUUAAGCCUAUUGACUAUGAAAUGAGCAAGGCGUACGUGCUGACAGUGGAGGCAAGGAAUGAGGUGCCCCUAGCCAGAGGCAUCCACUCUCCCCGUCAGUCCACUGCUACCGUCUCCAUACGAGUUCUCGAUGUCAAUGAGAGCCCCUACUUUGAUCCCAACCCUAAACUCAUUAAACUGGAAGAAGGAAAGAUGCCGGAGUCCAUGCUGACAACCUACACGGCACAGGACCCUGAUCGCUACAUGCAGCAAAGUAUACGCUACACUAAACUGUUUGAUCCGGCCAGUUGGCUGAGAAUUGAUCCCAACAACGGUAGAAUUACAACAACUGCCAUUUUGGAUAGAGAGUCACCUUUUGUGAAGAACAACUUGUACAAUGCCACGUUCUUGGCCACUGACGACGGCAACCCUUCAGCAAGUGGCACAGGCACUUUGCAGAUCUAUCUGCUGGACAUUAACGACAAUGCCCCACGAGUUUUCCCCCAGGAAGUGGAAAUAUGUGAGAAACCCGAACCCAACGCCAUCAACAUUACGGCGAUCGACGGAGACUUGAUGCCUAAUGCUGGGCCCUUUGCAUUUGAGUUGGCUGACAUGCCCUUCGAUGUUAAGAGGAACUGGACCAUCACCAGAAUCAGUGGCGACUACGCGCAGUUGCGCCUGAAGAUUGGUUUCCUCGAGAGUGGCAUUUACGAAUUGCCCAUCAUCAUCACAGACUCUGGAAAUUUGCCUCAGUUUAACACCUCCCACCUGAGGGUCAAAGUUUGCCAAUGUGACAUUAAUGGCGACUGCACUGACCAGCAGCACAUCAUGGCCGCCGGCCUGGGCACGGGCGCCAUCAUCUCCAUCCUGCUGUGCAUCAUCAUCCUCCUAAUUCUGGUGCUGCUCUUUGUGGUUUGGAUGAAACGUCGUGAUAAAGAACGCCAAGCUAAACAGCUCCUCAUCGAUCCCGAGGAUGACGUGCGAGACAACAUUCUCAAGUAUGAUGAAGAAGGCGGCGGCGAAGAGGAUCAGGAUUACGACCUGAGUCAGCUCCAGCAGCCGGACACCUUAGAACCCGACGCCAUCAAGCCUGUGGGGAUCCGACGUCUCGAUGAGAGACCCCUCCACCCUGAGCCGCAGUACCCCAUGAGGUCUGCCGCCCCCCACCCUGGAGACAUCGGAGACUUCAUCAACGAGGGCCUGAAGGCGGCCGACAACGACCCCACCGCGCCCCCUUACGAUUCCCUGCUAGUGUUCGACUACGAGGGCAGUGGCUCCACCGCCGGCUCCCUGAGCUCGCUCAACUCAUCCAGCAGCGGCGGUGACCAGGACUACGAUUACCUCAACGACUGGGGGCCUCGCUUCAGAAAACUGGCAGACAUGUACGGCGGUAGCGACGAUUAGGAUGUGAGGAAGAUUUCGAAAAGAAGACGAUGACGACGACGAAAUGAAGGAGAGAUUCCUUGUGGAUGGACGUGGACAUGUUGUGAUGAAACUGUGAGAGCAAAGAAAGACAAAAGGAUGCAGAGAUUUUUUUUCACAAAAAAAAAUACAGAAAAAGAAAAAACAACUCAGCUUAUUGUUGUAGUCUCCGCGUACAUAAUGCUUGUCGGCGGCACCGGUGGACGGCUCGCACCAUUCAAGACUUGUGGGGUAUUGAAUGCGCUCAGUUAAACUUGAACUUCACAGUACAGAAGCACUGGGAUAUAAUGUGCCUUUUUGUACAUUUCUUUUGGAUGGAAAUGAUUAGUUUUUUUUGUUCAAGGCUUUAAUGGUACUGACUUUUUUUUGGAGUGAUUUCAAACUAGUGACACUCUGGUACGCUUUGAUCACCCCUUUUCUUCUUUCUUUCUUUCUUCCUAUUUGUUCGUGAAGGUUUAUUUAAUGAAGGAUCAUCUGUCGAUGUGAUGGAAAGAACAAUGAAGAGCAGCACUGUAUAGUGUGUCCUUGAAAAUCUGACAGUUAUGCAGCUGGUUGAAGCUAAAAAGGAGUUAAGAAUCACAAUUUUGUAGCAGUUUUUUUUUUUAUUGAGUGAUGUAGAACAGUAUUAGACAAACAAAUACAAAAAAAAAAUGGUCUGAUCAACGUCCACUUCGUUUUGCCUUAGUCAACAUUGGAUAUUUUGGACUUUUGAUUCACUGUAAAAAGAUGUGUGUACAUAAUGUUUGUUUUCUUUUUAUCUUUUCUUUGGGUGUAGUAUAUGAACAAGUGCAAAAAGUUCCAAAACCUGUAAAUGUUUCAUUUGGACAUCAAAAAUGGACAAAUUCUUUUGCAUGUUUUUAUCUUUUCAUGAUGACAAAACAGGGGGAAAAAGUAUUGUUCCCCACAUUUAUUUACAAGAUGGAGGGGAGGAAAAAAAUCAAUCUGGGUGACAGUCUGUGUGUAGAAGUUAAGGAAGAUUUUGUAUAACAAUAUCAUUUGAAAGAGAAAAAAAAAAAAAGAAUCGGAAAAACCGUCGUCUCGUCAGCACAACUGUUGAAUUUGUACCAAAAAAAAAAAAAAGUGUGGGUGAGGGGGUGUGACAUGCAAGGCACUGAUUAUUAAAGCUGAGCUUUAAUAGUGAAAAACAUUUUGGACUUGAGCUGUGUGGAAAAGCAUUUUGUUCUGCUCAACUAAUUAUCUCUCUUACCCAAACUAUCCAAAUAAAAGUCCAGUUUUGGAGCUCAUAAA